AAGAAAUGAGGAAGCAGUGAUUGCACAAAACUCACAAUCCUGUUCACACUGCACACAACAUCCAGACCUUGAUUUCAAGAUGAAGUUUGUGCUGCUGUUGGCAAUGUUGACAGCAUGUGCUGCAGCUCCCCAAGAUCUGUCAGGUAAAAUGUUUACCUUCCCACAACAAACCGCCACCUCUCACGUGAGGCUGACAGCAUCAAAACAGAAUUUUGGUGCUGCAACCGUCUGUCACCGGUCCUUUACCGACCUGAAGAGGGACCACGCCCUUUUCUCCUUGUCCACAACCAGUAGUUCCAAUGACUUCCUGAUUAUCUGGGAAGAAGCAAAUAAAGAGAUGGAACCCCACAUCAAGAAUGUAAAGACAGAAUAUAAAGGUUGGGACUACAAGGGGAACAUGUGGCACUCUAUUUGUACAACAUGGGAUUCUGAGUCCGGACUGGUGCAGAUGUGGUUUGAUGCACAACCUACAAUUCGGAAAUUUAUCAGUGCUGGAUCAACCAUCGCUGGAUCCACUAUAAUUAUCUUAGGACAGGAGCAGGAUUCCCAUGGUGGGGGCUUUGACAUGAAGCAGAGUUUCAUUGGCAUGAUGUCUGAUGUCCACAUGUGGGACCACACCCUUUCCCCCUGUGAGAUCCAGAAGUACGUUGAUGGACUAAACUUCACUCCAGGGAAUGUGCUCAACUGGAGUUCGCUGGAAUUCCAGAUCACCGGCAGAGUGCUGAUAGAAGAUAAACAAAAGAUCUGUUACUAAACUUUAAAACAAAACUACAAUAGGCUGAGUUUCGCAAAUCAAGUGGGUUUGAAAUAUGUUUCAAUAAAGUCCUGUUUUACAUGUUCUUUCUUCACAGUCAUCUUUAUUAUGUGGUUAAACCAACAAAUUAUUUGGCCAGAGGCAGAAAUGUUGGAUUCUAAUGCUUCACACCAAAACCAACGUGAUUUUAUUUCACGCAACAAGAUUACAUACAAAGACGUGAAAGGUGACGCGGAAUCUUGCCGGGCGGCGCAAAUGAGGCUAACGCAUGAUGUGAAUAAUGCAAAAUGUGCGUGACCCUGUAAUGCGAAAGGCUGUCAUCACUGACAUCCUGAUUUGUUGAGUCAGAAAUGGAGGAAAUAAUUAUUGUAGCCGUAGUUGGGCAACCAGAGCUCGACAAUACCUCAUAUUAUUAGAGACCAGAUGAAACUAUGUGUAUGGAUUUACGUGUAUGGUAAAGAAAGGGUAUUCUGAAAUGAGAGGAGGUAAAAUGGCAACAGUACUAACAAAGGAUAUAAAUAAAUAAAUUAUCUGGUGUGUUUGUACUAGGACUAAAUACAA